GGUUGACAAGUCUUAAGAACUAGUGUACAGGUAGUUUGGUGUGAGUGGUUGUAGUCGCUAGAUGGAGAGUUUAACCGCGUUCUUUUCGGCUUUGAUCUGAAGGACCUAGACCUAGAGAAUGUGACGGCUGAGACAGCUUGGUGUUUUUCUAAAAUAUCCAACACUAUCUCUCGUAACAGAUAACUGCACAAUGUUUUCAGUAUUAAAGUGUUGAUACGCCCGAAGAAUGGAAAUGGACCACCACGAGGCUGAGGCUUCAAACAGAAAGAGAAGUAAGAAGAAAAGAAAGAGUCGGAAAGAAUCCAAGGAUUCAGCCAUCUCUGAUGUGAGCACCAAACUUGCUCUCAGCAGGGAAACGUCUAUAGACAGUGGCGCUGGUGUUGAUGUGGAAGACGAAGAGAGCGGCCACGCUAGACUUGAAGAUGACACCAAAACAGUUCAACAUGUGACAAGUAUCAACAAAGAAGAUAGAAGAAGACUAAAAUCGAUGUCGACAUUUCGAAGACACGGAUCUGAAUCUCUGAUACUUGUUGAUAUGAAACGAGAGGCUGGUGAAGCUGCAAAAUUGAGUUCUAUUAAAAAACAUGUCAACACGGAUUCGCCUAAAUCAGUAGCAUCAUCAGCGUCCGUUUUAAACCUUUCUCCUUCACCUUAUGCCGAGUCUCGGCUUCUUUCUUCCCCAAGUUUCUCGGACAGGUCUACGCCACACAGGUCAAAGUCCCCGGAACUGUCGAAGGCACUCCGCGUGAAGCAAGAACGUUUACAGCUUGAGCUGGCCCUCGCCGAGACACGGUCUAAGCUGAAGCAGCAUCAUAUAGGAGAGAAACCUCAGAGUACAGAGGCUGACAGCAAGAAGACAAGAUUGUCUAAAAAAGUUUUACAAAGAGCUAAGUCCUUAGAGCUUUCCAAACUAAAAUAUGCUGAGAAAAUAUCCUUGUUGGAUAAAAAAGCAAACAGCCAGUCAUUAGAAACGAUCAAAGCAAUGGAAGAGUGCUAUUCACAUCAAAAACAUAGGUCCAAAAGUGAGAAGCGGUAUGUUGUGUCGUUAGGACAGGACAAUCAACAUUUACCGAAAGUAGGCAAUGCUAGAAAUCUAGUGGACCUUCCAGAAAAUUCUGAUUUGAUGAAUAAUGAAAGAGCAAAUCAAUCUACUGAGUUUGGUAGUCAAAGUCGUCUUGGGGGAGGGAGCACUCUAGAAACAGCAAGGACAUCCGCAGUCAUUCUUAAUGUGUCCGACUCAGGGACUGGCUUACCGAGCAGUCGACGAGAAAUCGUUUUACCACAUCUUCCAGAACAAGAGGUCACCAGGGCAGAACUAGUCAAAUUUCAAAAGAUUAAUCCUAUUCAGGAAAAUAACUCCACGUCUUCGAACAGCUCAGAUCAAAACAGGAAACUUUAUACUCCUAGUGUUUCUGGCCACAUUCCCACAGACACGUCUCCUUCUGAGGGUCACAGAGAGAUAUCUAACAACUUAGCUAGUCAAAUAGAGAAAAAAACAUUGAGCACGCUGACUUCUAUAUUGAGAGAAGAUCUUCCUCCAAUACCCAGUACGGAGGACAGCCAAGAGGCAGCGGUACUGGAUUGGAGGCCAGUAUUUCGCGCGGAGAUGCUCCGUCUCCGAAAGGAGGUCAAUGACUUCAGACAAUUCUGUGCCAAGCAGGUUGAGCAGAAUGCAUUAGUGCUAGCAAAUCAAUGGAAUAAGAGCUCAGAGAUCUCUUCAAGUCAUCCGAAAAAUGGACUUCCACUGUCAGAAGAGCUCCAAGAUGUGGACGUUAAUCUUCAGCUGCUCCAGAGGAAGCAAAAAGUCCUUGAUCUUGAAGCUGAGCUUUCUUCAAAAGAAAAGCAACUUUCUGAAAAGCAGAAAAAUCUUGAAGAAUACGAGAAAGAGAUCAAAGAAGUAGAGUCGCUCCUAAAUCAACGACAGGCUGUUUGUGACAGGAGACAACGGGCAUUGGUCAAUCUUGAUGAGGAGCUUCAACAGUUAAGACAAGAACUAGAACAAACAAGAGAUCAAAUUCAUCAAGACGGAACCAUCCCAGAAUCCAACUCUGAGAGAGCAAGAAGAAACUGGGACAUGGUCAGAAGAAACUUGCUGGACAGGCAACACUUACUGGAAACCACUGUCCAAAAGUAUCGGGGGGAGCUUGCUGCUGCCACGUCCACGCUGGCUGGCAAGGACAUCCUGAUUGCAAGAUUACAAAAUACGGUUGUAGAUAAUGAGGAGGAGCUGGCAAACAAAGAUAAACGAAUCAAACAACUGGAAGCCAAAUUAGGUUUGGCUCUGUCUGAGGCAAGAAACCUUUCGGAGCAGCUUAGCAACUACAGCCACAGGGAGAUGUUGGGCUCCUCCAUCUACGGCCGACGUUCCAGCCAAGAACUUACCCCUGACCAAAGCAGGACUUCGUUUCGGGGCUCAAUGUACAGGAGGCCCUCCACUUUCGCCGGAAGUGAUCACAGCGACGAGCAUCCGAAGCCCGUCAUAACAGCCGCGCUCGACCACGAUUCCGAACAGUUCCGGAACAACUCUCGUCUGCUGGGAAAGAGAAGCAGCAUAAGUGACAACGCAAUUACAAGGCUGACGUUGUCAACGUUGAAAACAGACGACAAAUAUGGACGAGGCAGCAGCGCUUGUUCUAUUCAAUGAUUACACUUUGAAUUAUAAAUUGUAUCCAUUCAAUGCACUAUUUAUUAUAAUAAGUCCUUCUACUUUGCCUAAUAGUCUCACAUUUUUCGUAUGCUUUCCAAAAAUAUUUUAUGGUUGCGUCAACUAAAUAUGAACUGACCAGCCGAACUUGCACUUUAGCUAAUGCCUUUAGGCAUACACCCAACGGACAGAUGGAUUAUAUUGGUUUCACAAUGACACAUUUUCCGUUACAAUGUAAUAGUCAAUGUAAUAAUUAGUCUAGUCCCCAAUAUUCCUCCUCAGCAAACUUGAUGCUAGAUCUAAACAAUACCAUGAGAGAGAUUUUCACGAUCAAAUAAACAAUGACGCGAAGUUAAACGACACUGUUGCCAACUAAUAUACUAAAGAACUGGGGUGGAAGUUGACAAACUUCGAACCAAAUUUCCUUUAUUACCGGUAGUUAGUUGUCUGCUUUUACAUAAGUUGAAGAUAUAAAGUCACAGUCUAAUGUUUUCUCCACAUAUUGUACUACAAACAAAAGAUCUUAAAAAAUUUAACUCUGCGGUUUAAAUAGUAUAAAGUUAAACUCCCCUUUCAGAACUUGCGAUCUAUAGAGCACAUGUUUCUUUGCCAACGGUUAACGAGCAAGUGGCCUGAACAACGACCAAACGCACUAAAAAUCACGAUAUUCAAAAUUCCAGUCUUUACUGAGAUUCGAACCCAGGACCCCAGGUUCGGAAGCCAAGCGCUUAACCACUUCGCCAACACCAGUCUUAUUCAUUGUAUUUAUUUUUUAGCUUCUCUUCUCCAUACCACCUAUCUAUACAGUUACAGUCCAACCAUUGCUAGCUUUGGUACAUAAUAUAAGUGUCGGGAUAAGAUGCGAUCAAAAUGAUGCAGUGAAAAUAAUUACGCAUUGUUCUGCUGAUUCAAAAGUUUGUAUAUUUGAGGAAAGCUGAUCAUGUAUUUAUUAUGAAGUUCACAUGAGUGACAUUGUUAAUGUGUAUGAUGUGUGUGUCGGUAUGCCCUAUGCUUGAAUGUCUCUCGAUGCUCUGUGUUCUCACCAUGUAACUACAGUAAUUUUCCAAGAUGCUAGGUGUAACAUUUUACUAAUUAAUUAUUGCUAGUUAAAUCCUAAAAAAAAUGUCUACUGUUUAGAAUUCAUUGUUUCGUUUUCUUGCAUCCUAAUGUGUGUUCGUGUCUAGGCAAUGAGUGAGAACAUUUAGUGACUUGCUGAUACAGUUGUACGUUAGUUAUUUAUUGAAAGAAUAAAAUAUGUCUUGGCAAAAACAAAAAAAAAAGAGUUGAAAGUAAAAUUCGCUUAUUUAGUAAGUUUCAUUUUAUUUUUGGAGAAAAUUCUGAGAAAAAGAAGUUAGAAAAAUAGUCAUUAGGGUAAGGAAAGAAAGA